AUGGACUGUAUCGCUUGUUUUCCUGGACGACUGGCUGCUAAGAAGAACAGCGUCAGAGGCGAUUACACUAAGGUCGUUCUGUCUGUCCUGCUGCUGCUGUUGGUGAUGGUGCCGUUGUGUCUAAGCGCCAGGUUCACCCUCCUCUUGGCCAUGCCCAACACUUCCACACCUUUCAGCGUGGGCCGCAUCGGAGCCGCGGCUCUCAUCGCCAUCGACGCGGUGAAUAACAGCACGGAGAUCCUGCCAGGUCACCAGCUCGACUUUCAGUACGUGGACGAUGAAUGCGAUGAUCUGGUUGGCCCGGGAAGGAUCGUCGCUCUGCAGCAAAAACACAAUUUCAGCGCAUUCAUCGGCCCCUGCUGCUCAAACGUGUGUGCAGUGACGGCUAAGCUAGCAGCUUACUGGAACAUCGCUAUGGUCAGUCCUGUUUGUGCAGAUCAGCAGUUUUUAGACAAAAAGGCGUUUCCCACCCUGACGCGAGUGUUCGGGCCCUUCACCAAGUUGGGAACCUUCUUUGUAGAGAUUUGUAAGCAGUUCGGAUGGCAGCGUAUUAGCAUCCUUUAUAACAAAGAACCCACGUGGAGUACUCCGGCAGAAGGGAUCCGGUACCAAGCAGAGCAUAAUAACAUCACAGUGGCAAACUAUCUGGAAAUUGAUGGUCCUCCUACCCAUAAUUCCACUGUGCUGCAGUCGAAGGCUCUGACUGAGAUCUCCAGCUCGUCGCGCAUUGUAGUGAUCUCAGCUCAUGGCGAAAUGGUGCGCAGUUUAAUGAUCGAAGCUCAUGGUCAAGGUCUGACCAGCGGAGAAUUUAUCUUCAUCUGUUUCAUGCCCUACAGUCAGGAUGAACUGUUCGGCAGUUUCGAAUGGAACCAAGGAGAUGAGUAUGACUCGGUGGCCAAGCAGGCCUAUCAGGCACUUUUCAUUCUGUCUAUGUACAAGCCUGAUGAUGAGCGUUACAGAGCUUUCGCUGAGGAUGUCAUCAUGAGGUCAAGGAUGGACUUUGGCUACAUGUAUGAACCUCAUGAGAAGGUAUCGGUUCUGGCAGCUAUCGCUCAUGACAGCGUCUGGAUUUACUCUCUGGCUUUGCAUGAAACUUUGACCGAGAACUCCGACCCGUUUAACGGUUUUAAGGUCACUCGGCGGAUGUGGAACAGAACCAUCAUGGGUAUCCAAGGAGAUGUGACGAUCGAUGCUAGCGGGGACCGUGAGCCGGCUUACAUGCUGAAACACAUGCAGAGCAGUGAUGGCCAGUAUCAGGUCAUUGCUAACUACUUUGGGACCCGUAAGGUGUAUGAGGCAGUGGAAGGAAUUCACAUCAGCUGGCCUGGAGGAAGGCAGAGUCCUCCUAAAGAUUCCCCUCCAUGUGGAUUUAAAGGAGAACUCUGCACCAGCACAGAGAGCAGAUUUUCAUUUGCGGUGGGUCUGAUUGUGGGAUUGAUUGCCAUAGGGACUCUUUCAGUUUGUAUUCUCUACAGGAUGUACAAACUGCAGCAGAAGGCCUCCAUGAUGCUGUGGAAGAUCGAUGCCAGUGAUGUCAUCAUGAUGGAGUCUCGCUGUUCGGCAGAGGCAAGCAAGCUGCUGGGACGCAAAUCCAUACAGGCUUCACUCGAGUCCAUCAUUUUCAUCAUGCAGGACAAACCCUCAGCCCAGCCAACUGCUGUUUAUAAUGGGACUGUUUGCUGUGUUCGCUUCCUGAGUGUGAGAAGUGUGCAUCUGAGCGCUGACCUCCUGACCGAGCUAAAACGGUGCAGAGAUUUGAGCCAUCAGAACAUCUGUAAUUUCAUUGGAGCAUGCCUAGACUCACCACAGCCGGUGAUCCUGACCGAAUACUGCCCUAAAGGAAGUCUGCAGGUUUUCACACACCUUUACCUCAUUCAUUUUUGUUGCUCAAGCCUUUUGGGUAGUGGUUUAAUGAUGAAUCGCAGAUCUGACAUUUUAAAAAAUGACUCCAUUAAGCUGGACUGGAGCUUCAAAUGUUCCCUAAUGCUGGAUAUUGUGAAGGGCAUGGACUACCUUCACCGCAGCCCUCUACAUUCCCACGGCCGCUUGUCCUCCUCCAACUGUGUGGUGGACAACCGCUUCGUCCUCAAGGUCACUGACUUCGGCCUGAGCAAGCUGAGACACGCCGGCACAGUGGACCACUGGAGCUCGCUGCUAUGGAGAGCUCCUGAGAUCCUGAGGCAAGCCGUUACUGCUAGCGGCACUCAGAAAGGAGACGUGUACAGUUUUGGCAUCAUCGCUCAGGAAGUGGUGUACCGCAGAGGACCUUUCUACAUCCCUAACAGCUCCCUUAAGGCCAGAGAGAUCGUGGAGCUGGUGAAGGCGGGCGGGCGCAGGCCGUUACGGCCGCACGUGGACGCCUCCGAGUGCGAGGACGGUGUGGAAGCUCUGUUGCUAAGCUGUUGGAGAGAAAGCGCAUCAGAGAGGCCGGAUUUCUCCUCGCUCAGGACCACCGUCAAGAAAAUGUGCCCCAGUGGCAGUAGUGGGAAGAUCCUGGACGAUUUGUUGUCACGUCUGGAGCAGUACGUGUGUAAUCUAGAGGAGGUGGUAAGCGACCGAACGGCUCAGCUGCAGGAGGAGAAGAAAAAAGCAGAGGCUCUCCUUACCCAGAUGUUGCCACGAUCCGUAGCCGCACAGCUCAUAGCCGGGAGGACGGUGCGAGCCGAGACCUACGACUGUGUCACUGUUUAUUUCAGUGACAUUGAAGGCUUUACGGAGAUGUCCGCCUCCCUCACACCGAUGCAGGUGGUGAACAUGCUCAAUGACUUGUACACACAUUUUGACAACAUCAUCGACAACCAUGAUGUGUAUAAGGUAGAAACAAUAGGCGACGCCUACAUGGUGGUGUCAGGCCUUCCUAUAAGAAAUGGAGACGAGCAUGCCAGAGAGGUAGCCAGAAUGUCGUUAGCCGUAGUGCAGGGCAUGGAGCACUUCCAGAGCGUACACGUUCCUCAACAGCGACUGAAGGUCCGCAUUGGAAUUCAUUCAGGGCCGUGCGUUGCCGGUGUUGUGGGUCUAAAAAUGCCACGCUACUGUUUAUUUGGAGACACUGUCAACACUGCCUCGAGGAUGGAGUCAUAUGGUUUACCAUUGAAGAUCCAUGUGAGCAGUUCUACUAAAUCUCUAUUGGACACUUUUAUGGCAUUCCAGUGCGAGCUGAGAGGAGACAUACACAUUAAGGGAAAGGGUUUGGUAAGAACAUACUGGCUUCUGGGAGAGCGGCGCUGAACAUACUCUGCUUCACACUUCACUUGCUGUGUGAUAUGGAGAAGAAGGUUUACACGGUUCGGUUUUUCAUUACUUUCCUUUUGUAAUAUCACAGUUCACUGAGCAAAUUUCCAACUGAAUCGAUUUACACACAGUCAUUUUCCCACAGC